AUGGAAGCGCUGCCAGACGAGGCCCCAGAGGAAUCCUUGGAACCUAAAAACACAGACAAGCCUCCAAUGGACAGUCACAGAGAUGGCCAGCAGAACCAGGGCAAAGGGAAGGCAGAGGACCAGACUAAUGACAGAAUACCUGCCCAGGCUCUACAGCUGUUCUCUGAGUCCAACACAGAUGGCCAAGCUGACUACAAAGCUUUUGAUGACACUCUGCAUGGAACAGCUGAUCAAGUUGACUUCAGAGCAGCCAGAAAUGCUAAUGUUGCUCACCAGAGAGCACCUGAUGGGACUGACCAAGAAUGGUCUGAACAGAGCCACAAAAAGGCAUUUAGCCAAGCUGGCUAUGUGGAGUCUGAACAGAAAGCAGCUGAGCAAAGGGACCACAUAAUGACCCACCAUUCUGAACAAAGAUUUUCUGACCAGUUUGACAGCAGAUUGUCUGGUCUGGUUCACCAAAAAACUUCUAAACGGACUGACUAUAGAUUGCCUGACCAAGAUGACCACACUCCCUCUAUGGAGUUUCAGUACAAAUUGUACGAGCAAGAUGAGCAACUAGAUGAAGACCAAGCUGUUGACGAAGCUCAUAGCAGUGCUGACUACCUCACAGCUGAGGAAAUUCAUGGUGGUGACUUUAAGAAACAUGACUACUUCAUGGACAAAGAGGAGAACUACAUGAAAGAGUUUUUGGCUGGCUAUACAACACACAAUUAUUUUGACAGCAGAAUAGCGACCCAGUUUGGGGACACAGAAGAUGUCAGAGAGGUUGACUCCUGCACAUUUGAGGAUAGCCAGAUGAACCGCAAAACUUCCAACAUUUCAGUUUCAAGUGAAACUGACACACAAAGUACAACUGAUUUGAAAAAACUCGAAUCUCUUGAAAGCAGAUUCACUAGAGGUUUGCAAAUAAAAAAGCAAGCCUUUCCCCAACUAUUCCCCUCCAUCUUAACCAAAUUUGACCGUAUCACCAAUCAAGAAAAAACUGAAGCCACCGAAAUCAAGUCUGGUGAUGUUUCAGAACACCAAGGAAUGAGUUUGCAUGAGUACCCUCAAACUUCUGGGAAGCGAUUCCCUCCUAUAGUGUAUGAAGAUCCUUACCAAGUUUCACUGAGAUAUAUGGAGAAACACAACAUUCUACAAGUAUUCCAGAAAAUCACCGAAAAUUUAGUGUAUGAAAAGCCAGAGGACCCCUUGAGGUUUAUGCUAUACCAGUUGCAUCAGACAAAAAGAAAAGCUGAUCGCUAUUAG